AUGCGCAAUUCUCAUAUCUGGACGGCCUUGGUUACCUUUCUUUUCGAAAUCUUUGUUUGGGCAUUCUACAAUGUCCUUGUUUACCCUCACUUCUUCAGCCCCCUCCGUCACCUCCCUCAGCCAACGGGAGGUUCUCUGUUCACUGGUCAACUGGGUCGUAUUCUGCGGGAACCGUCUGGUCAACCUGCCAGAGAUUGGAACCGCACGAUCCCACACGAUGGUCUGGUCCGCUAUCUUGGACUCUUCAACAUUGAACGAAUCAUUGUCUUUAGCACCAAAGGCCUGAGCGAAGUUCUCACCCAGCGGCCCUACGACUUUGUCAAGCCGGCCCAGGCGCGAAACGUACUCAAACCCUUGACGGGCGUUGGCAUCUUGUUAGCAGAAGGUGAUGAACACAGGUUCCAACGCAAAAAUCUCAUGCCGGCUUUUAGCUAUCGUCACAUCAAAGACCUCUACCCCACUUUCUGGUCCAAAUCGCGGCACGUCGUGCAGGCCAUUGGCAAUGAAAUCGCCAACCGCUCUUCUCAAGACGGGUCGACCGACUCUGCAGUGACCAUUGAGUUUGCUGACUGGGCAAGUCGGGUCUCGCUCGACAUUAUCGGGAUUGCCGGCAUGGGCCAAGACUUCAACGCCAUCGACAACCCCAACGGCGAGCUCAACAGAGUAUACCGACGCAUCCUUACUCCUAGCAAGCAAGGCCUGAUCCUCUCCAUUAUCGGCCAAUUUCUUCCGCAAUGGCUUCUCCGCGCUAUACCGGUCAAGCGCAACGAAGACCUCCGCGAAGCCAUCAAAGUGAUCCGCAAGACCUCGCUGGCCCUGAUCCAGCAGAAAAAGGAGAAACUCGCACGCAAAGAGCAAUCAGGCGUGGACAUCAUCUCAGUCGCGCUCCACAGCGGAGCAUUCAGCGACGAAAACCUGCUCGACCAAACCAUGACCUUCCUCGCGGCAGGACACGAAACCACCUCGGCGGCACUCACGUGGGGCGUGUACGCCAUGUGCAAGUAUCCCGCCAUGCAGACCCGUCUGCGCAAGGAAAUCCGCCAGCGUCUUCCCCCUCUCGACGACGAAACCUGGGCAGACAACAUGCAGGCCGAAAUGAUUGAGGCCUUGCCCUACCUUCGAGCCGUCUGCAAUGAGGUCUUGCGCGUCUAUUCCCCGAUCCCCAUGACCCUGCGUGCAGCUGCCGUCGACACGACUAUUCUCGGCCAGCCCAUUCCAAAGGGAACCAAGGUUAUCGUCUCCCCGCUCGCGAUCAACACGUGCAAGUCCCUGUGGGGCGAAGAUGCCGAUGAUUUCAACCCGGACCGCUGGAUGGGAGUCGGCAAGGCCAACUCCGGUGGCGCGGAGAGCAACUAUGCGUUCAUGACUUUUCUGCAUGGUCCUCGUUCGUGUAUCGGCCAGUCGUUUUCCAAAGCCGAGUUUGCCUGCCUGCUCGCUGCAGUGGUCGGUCGGUUUGAGCUCCAGCUUGCCGAUCCGGAUAAGCCGAUUCAUGCCAAGGGCGGCGUUACCAUGAAGCCGGCUGGAGGUUUACAGGUCAAGAUGCGGCCCUUGCAGGGGUGGUAG